AUGGCUGUUGUUGACCUACAGUCCAGAGAGCACAAGGAUCUUCUAGAUCUGAUAGAUACGCUUCGUGCAAAGGGCAUCAAUCAGUAUGUCGCGCUUCCUGAGAUCGUUGUUACAGGGGAUCAAUCUGCAGGGAAGAGCUCUGUCCUAGAAGCCAUUUCUGGCAUGUCUUUUCCUACCAAGGACAGCCUGUGCACGCGGUUUGCCACUGAGCUUAUCCUUAGACGAUCUACAAGUGUGGGCGUCAAGAUAUCGAUUCUCCCAGCAGCAGGUCGACCGAUGGGCGAAAAAGAAAAACUGAAAGGAUUCCGCCCGGUGGUGGAACAAGGCAGCCUGGAGUUGUCACAUGUGGUUGAACAAGCCAAGUUGGCCAUGGGCAUAACCCCAACCUCUAAAGCUUUUCGAAAUGAUAUUUUGCGAGUUGAGAUUUCUGGGCCUGACCAGCCUCAUUUGACCAUGGUAGAUCUUCCAGGACUUUUUCAGGCUGGCAACAGCACGCAAUCUGACGAAGACUCCGAAACCGUGACUAAAAUUGCGCUUCAAUACAUGGAAAGACCAAGAAGCAUCAUUCUUGCGGUUGUUUCUGCCAAGAGUGACUUCGCGUUGCAGCAGGUUACUCGACUUGCUCGAAAGUUGGAUCCGGAUGGACGUCGCACCGUUGGCCUCAUCACUAAGCCGGACACAUUAGACGAAGGCUCAGAGAGCGAAGCGGCGUAUAUUCGUCUCGCUCAAAACGAAGAUGUGCGAUUCAAGCUGGGCUGGCAUGUUUUGAAGAACCGUGAUUACAAGAUGACGUUGAACAAGGCAACUUCACAGGAGCGCGACGAUGCGGAGAGGGAUUUCUUCUCCCAAGGCCCUUGGGCAGCGCUUGAUCCAUCUACUGUUGGCGUCAAAGCACUAAAGCCUCGUCUAAGCAAUCUUCUCAAAAAUCAAAUACUUCUUCAACUUCCAAACCUAGUGAAUGAUGUUGAGGCUGGCAUCAAGACAUGCAAACAUCAGCUCACAAGACUCGGACCGCCACGAAAGACCAUAAUCGAGCAACGCCACUACCUUAUCCAUAUUAGCCAGGCAUUUUCCGAUCUGAUGAAAGCAGCAGUCGAUGGAUUUUAUAACGAUUCAUUUUUCGGUAGCUCAAAGUCGGAGGAAGGUUACCAGAAACGUCCCCGAGCUGUUGUUCAAGGUUUAUUGACCAAAUUCAAAGACAAGAUGAAUGAACGUGGUUGCACUAAAGAAAUCGUGGACACUGAAGAUGAUUCAGAUAGCGAAGGCAUGACUUUGACCGGGAACAAAGUGCUUAGAUCAGCCUAUGUCGAAGAAGUCGGGGAACUGAUGAGUCGAAACCGUGGCUGUGAGCUGCCGGGGACCCUCAAUCCGCUCAUCGUUGGCGAGUUGUUUUUUGACCAGUGCAGGCCUUGGGAGGAAAUUACCAGAAGUCUUUUCAUCCAAGUCUUGAACUCAGUUUACUUCGUCAGUGACGCAAUCAUAGGCCAUGUUACAGUUGAAAGCACGGCUGCAAGGCUGAGACGGUUCAUUAGCCCAGCCAUUCAAGCCCUGGGUCAAGAGCUGAAAGAGUCUUUCCAAAGUCUACUCGAACCAUAUCAAAAAAUACACCCUAUUACAUACAACGAAGCGCUCACGGUGAACGUUCGAAAGGCGCAGGCUGAAAGACGACGUCGCAGGAUAGAAGUUAAGCUUGAAAAGGCAUAUCCUGUUAAUGUAUGGAGUUCCCAAUCACUGACGGUAACCCGACAAGCUAUCUUGGAUAUCUUCACAGCUGAGGAAGACGUUGAUAUGAAGUUGUGUGGUAGUUCCUUGGCUGUGGACUAUCUGGAAGCCUACUACAACGUGUCCUUGAAGAAAUUUAUUGACGACAUCAGCACUCUAGGGGUAGAAUGCUGCCUAAUUCAAAAACUCCGAAGUCUUUUUGAGCCCCGAAAUAUUUACAAGAUGAGCGACACGGAUGUACAGCAUCUUGCUGAAGAAGAUCCUGCGGAGAAGCUAGAGCGGUCCAGAUUGAAGGAAAAGCUAAACAUACUUGGCGGGUGCUUGUAUGAACUCAGGAGCUUGGACAAGCUCAAUCCAGACUCGAAAGGACCAAAGUCAUUCAGAAUGUUGACAAACGGUUUGAUCAAAACAAGAAAGAAGGGCCUUGCGACUGACGAUUCGGAUAGCCUUGAUUUGGCUUGA